AUGAACAUUUAUGGUAUGUCUUUACAAAGGCUGGCUUCCUGGAAUUUCCAAAACUUAAAAAUCAUGAAACAUCUAUUACUGCUACUAUUGUGUGUUUCUGUAGUUAAGUCCCAGUUAGACUCAGACUACGAUUCAUGGAAACAAUUGGAUGCCCGUGGCCAUCGACCCCGUGACAAGAAGAGGGAAGAGGCUCCCAGCCUGAGGCCCGUCCCACCUCCCAUUGGUGGAGAAGGCUAUCAGGCUCGUCCAGCCAAGGCAGUCGCCAGCCACAAGAAACUGGAAAGGAAAGCCCCUGAUGCUGGGGGCUGCCUUCACGCUGAUGCAGAUCUGGGAGUGUUGUGUCCUACAGGAUGUCAGUUACAAGACACUUUGGUGAAACAGGAAAGACCAGUAAGAAAAAGUAUUGAUGAGUUAAAUAACAAUGUGGAGUCUGUCUCCCAGACGUCUUCUACCACCUUCCAGUACGUGACUCUGCUAAAAGACAUGUGGAAAAAGAGGCAGAAGCAAUUAAAAGAUAACGAAAAUGUGAUAAACGAAUACUCCUCAGAGCUAGAAAAGGAGAGAUUGUAUAUAGAGGAGACUAUGAGUAAUAAUGUCCCAACUAACCUCCGUGUGCUCCGUUCAAUCCUGGAAAACCUGAGAAACAAAAUACAAAAAUUAGAAUCUGAUGUCUCAGUUCAGAUGGAAUACUGUCGUACACCAUGCACUGUCAGCUGUAAUGUUCCUGUGGUGUCUGGCAAAGAAUGUGAGGAAAUUAUCAGGAAAGGAGGUGAAACAUCUGAAAUGUAUCUCAUUCAGCCUGACAGUUCCAGCAAACCAUAUAGAGUGUACUGUGAUAUGAACACAGAAAAUGGAGGAUGGACAGUAAUUCAGAACCGCCAAGAUGGUAGUGUUGACUUUGGCAGGAAAUGGAAUCCUUAUAAACAAGGAUUUGGAAAUAUUGCAACCAAUGGAGAAGGCAAAAAUUUCUGUGGCCUACCAGGUGAAUAUUGGCUUGGAAAUGAUAAAAUUAGCCAGCUUACCAAAAUGGGACCCACAGAACUUUUAAUUGAAAUGGAAGACUGGAAAGGAGAUAAGGUAAAGGCCCUCUAUGGAGGAUUCACUGUACAGAGUGAGGCUGGUAAAUACCAACUCUCAGUGAGCAAGUACAAAGGAACAGCUGGCAAUGCCCUCAUGGAUGGAGCUUCUCAACUGGUGGGAGAAAACAGAACCAUGACCAUUCACAAUGGCAUGUACUUCAGCACAUAUGACAGAGACAAUGAUGGCUGGACAACUACAGAUCCAAGUAAACAGUGUUCUAAAGAGGAUGGUGGUGGAUGGUGGUAUAACAGAUGUCAUGCAGCCAAUCCAAAUGGCAGAUACUACUGGGGUGGGCAUUACAGCUGGGACAUGGCAAAACACAGCACCGAUGAUGGAGUAGUUUGGAUGAACUGGAAGGGGUCAUGGUAUUCAAUGAAGAAGAUUUCCAUGAAGAUCAGACCAUUCUUCCCACAGCAGUAG